UGAUCAGACUCGAGGGCUGCAGGAAUCAUGACCAUGUGAAAGCAGCAGUGUGAGCACGGUGUGUGUGUGUGCAGUGAAUGAAGGAUACACACCUGUGUGUGUGCAGAGACUCUGCGGGGGGGCGUGUGUGCACGCGGGAGUCUGGGUGUCUCCAGGUGAAAGCAGCGGAUUGAGGUAGAUUAUCAGUGCAUGCACAGGCUGGACUACGAAGGCGGUGCUGCAGAGUUAUUUCACAUUCUUCACAUAUUUGACCCCAAAGGACUCCAGGUGACGAUAUUGCACUCAGACCAGGAGAUGUCUUCAUCGGUGAGAUCAUCCCUGCUGCUCAGAUGUUUUAAAGAACCUGUGGGACACUUUCUCCACAUUAACCCUUCAAUGGAAAACUUCUGAGUUGCCGUGAAGCAUGGACAUGGACAUGAUGACUUGCAGCCUUUUCUGAAGCUCUGCAACGAUUUUUUGCAAACAAUAAACACUGCUGAACUUUAACUGGAAGAUAUCAUCUACACGGAGAAUAAAUCAGAGGUUUCAUCAGAUGUUAAAGAGAAUAGAAAGAACAGAGCUCUGAUGGAGGAGUGAACUCUGACGUCACUCAGCAGAAGAAGUUACAGCCUGGUUCAGAGAUGAGUGUCUCUCAGCCCGCUGAAGGAUUCCCUCUCAGGGGGAAGUCUGGAUCCAGCAUGAGGCUACCUCUGCACAGCGCAGGAGACCACAAUGGAAACGCUUUCCCAAUUUCCUCUUCCUCCUCCUCAUCCUCUUCCUCCUCCUGUCUCGGUGAGUCGUCUCCGGAGUCCCUGCGGAGUCUGAGCAGCCUCAGCGGGGGCCGGACCGACAGCCCACUGGACUACGACAUGUUCGAGGUCACUCUGGUGACAACGGUGACGACCAAAACGGAGGAGAUGGGGGACGUGGUCAUUUCAAAGUGGGUGCCAAAGGAAGAAGAGGAGGAGGAGGAGGAGGGAGGUAAAGUGGAUAAUGAUGAAGUCUCUGGAGGAAGGAUGCAGACAGCCGCAGAGGUAACAGAAUCAAACGACAACUCUGUGUCUGUGUACCUGGACGCUCACGGAGGCGAGUCCCACCAUGACACCUGGAACGACAACCUGACGCUGGCCUUGACCCUGACCAUGAGCGAUAGCAGCGAGAGGAGACACAGCUCCUCCACACCUGACUCAGACGCAACAGAGAUGCCUGCAGAUGAUGAUGAUGACGAUAAUGAGGAUGAUGAUGAUGAAGAGGAGGGUGUGUUUCUGUCUGUGAGCUCUGACGUGGGCAUGCGGAGGAGCAGCACGACCCUCAGCAGCCUCACCGCAGAGCUGCAAACUGAGGGGAGCGUGGCCGAGCCGGGGUCAGAGGAGCCAGCGGGGGCCUCUCCUCUCGCUGCAGAGCCUCCUUCCUCUGAGGACCUGAAUGAAACCCUUCUGGUAUCACCUCCCUCUGACAGUCCAGCCCCAGGUGUUAAUGAAGUCUCACCUCCUCCACCUGAGGAGACCGAAAGACGUAACAGAAAAACCCAACACACCGUCAGUCCACAAGCCAGAGCAGCAAAGACCAGACCGACCAGUACGACUUCAAACGCUACCAAAACACCCACGGCCCUCAGAGGAUCCAGUCAGGAGGUCAAGAGAGUCUCCAAACUGGACCUCAGAAAUGUGAAGGCUAAAGUGGGGUCACGCCUGAAUACUUCUCCUCCUAAAACACCCAGCAAGCAAAUAAAAUCUUCUCCCGCUAACGUGAGGAGAGCAGCUCUCAGGAAAGAGGAGCUACAGAGAGAGGACGGGGACAAAAAGCUGCGGCCAGCUGCGGGUCCCGUCAGGGCAGGCGUGACGUUCAAACCAAUCAGAGGGAAAAGCAGCAACCUCCGAACAGCAUCCAGUGACGCCGCUCCGCCAGAGAAGAAGAGCGUCUCUGUCAGCAGGAAACUCUCCGCCUCCACCGGCUCUCUGGGCUCUGACGGGGCGGAGGAAGGACCCAUGGGAUCUCCCAGGAAGGCUGCCCAGGAAGUGCCGGACAAUCACGGGACAAGUGAAGGUGUGGAGACUAAAGCUCACAGUGAAGAUGCUUUGAAGGAGUCUGUGGAGGACCAGAGGGACAGGGCCAGGAAGGAGUCUGUGGAGGACCAGAGGGACAGGGCUGGGAAGUCUGCAGUGGAGAGACCAAGGAAUACUGUCAGAAAAGUCUCCUCCAAGCUGGGACCCAACGCCAGGCAGCUGGGCAGCAAGGGGACAACGGGACCAGCAUCAGCUCCUCCGGGUACAGGCAUUGGACCUCCAGGAACCAGGCAGACCCAGAAUGAGGGUUCCACAGCAAGAGAGGGAGGAGGAUCUCCACCCAGACGGAGGCCGAGUCAGAGUCAGAGUCAGAGCCCUGGUCUCCCCAAACCUCGAACAGCAGCAGAGCGAGCGUCCACAUCUGCUUCCCCGGGUCCCGCAACCUCCAACUCCAAACUAACAGCCAAUCAGCAGCCAGCGCCGGGGUCAGGUGGUCGACCUGCAGCCCCCGCUGCGGCCGCCGGGUCAAAACUUCCCGUUAAAGGAUUACCCACGAGCCUCAGCUCCUCCUCACUGGGAAGCAACGAGAACAAUGGAGCUACCAGAGGAGCUCCAGCACCAGCAGGGACCAAGCCAGAUGAGCGGCCCAGCAGGAGCGCUCUGCCUGUGGGCAGCCAGAGUGGCACAAAGCCCCUGGUCUCCAGCAGCACCAGUGCUCCAAGUGACUCAGCUCCCAGUGCAAACAGUGGAGUCAGUGCGGCUCCUAAAGCUCCUGCAAUGAGGACCAGAGCUCUGUCUCUGCAGGCCAGGACCCCUACUACAGGUCUGAAAAUCCCGUCAGUCACCAACCACAUCACAGCCAAGACAGCAGCCGCCAAUCAAAUGGCAGCAAAGACGCCUCCUGCACCCGGUCAGGGGCUCGCCAAGCCCACAUCCCAGAAUCCUUUGCAAAGAAGCGGUUCAGGGAGGCUCAGUCGAAUGAACAGCUCAGUGGACAAAAACAAACCCCGGGAGGCUCCAGCGAGACCAUCCAACAGCAGCAGCUCACAGGGAGCAGCGCCCCCUGCAGGAGGAAACAACCAGAACCAGCAGCAACCUCCACCUGACCUGGCACCAGACGUGGUGAACGCUAACACCCAGGUAACCCCAGUCCCUGUUCCUGAAACCACCCACACCCCUUCAGGAACCACUGGGGCCCCUGGUCUGGGGUUUAAAGCCAGAACAGGAUCCCGAUCCAGCCCCAGGACCGGGUCCCGUCUGCAGAGCGCAGCAAGGCCGGCCUCAGGCGGAGCUGCUGUCGUGUCGGAUGUGACGGUGCAGACCAAACCAAACCAGAGCAAAGAGCAGGCGGAGAAGAAGAACCAGGCCAUCACCCAGCUGAAGAGGCUGCUGGUCCAGGGGAACAAGAGGGCGGAGGCUCUGGCUACAGUCAUCCAGCAUCUCUUCACUGAGCGUGAGGAAGUCUUUAAGCAGAAGAAGGAGCUGUCUCUGGAGCUCACCAACCUCCGAGAUGAGCUGGUCUCGUCGUCACAAUGCUGCAAGCACCUGCAGAAGGAGAAGGAGGAGGUGCGUGCCGGCCUGGAGGAGGCCCUGCAGAGGCUCGAGGAGCAGCACAAGGAGGAGCUGGUGCAGCUGGAGGACAGAUUGAGGAGCUUCUACCAAACAGAGUGGGACAAAGUCCACCAGACGUACCAGGAGGAGGCUGACAAGUGCCGCGUGUUAAUGGAGCAGCAGGUGGAGGAGCUGAGGACUCGACAGGAAGCAGAGAGGAAGAAUCAGGAAGUGAGCCACAGCCAGAAAAUAGAGAGUCUCAGACAGGAGCAUGAAGAGUCAGUGGAAGAGCUGAAGAAAAUCCAGAAGACCGAGCUUGAGACUCUGCAGAAGACCCUGAAAGAGACGGAGGCGUCUCUCUCUGAGAAAGUGUCCGAGCUGUCGGCCGAGAAGGAGGCUCUGAGCGAGAAGCUGAAAGCCGAGGAGGAGAGGAGGAAGAACAUACUCAGUGAUAAAAACCUGAAGGACUCGCACACCGUGUACCUGGAGCAGGAGCUGGAGAGUCUGAAGGUGGUGCUGGAGAUCAAGAACAACCAUCUGCACCAGAAGGAGAAGAAGCUGAUGGAGAUGAGCAAACUGGUCGACUCCAACGUGAAGCUGGAGGAGUGUUUAAACAAGGUCCAACAGGAGAACGAGGACUACAGGGCCAGAAUGGACAAACAUGCAGCUCUCUCCAGGCAGCUGUCAUCGGAGCAGGCCAUCCUCCAGCAGACGCUGCAGAAGGAGUCGAAGGUGAACAAGCGUCUGUCGAUGGAGAACGAGGAGCUGCUGUGGAAGCUGCACAACGGAGACCUGCUGGCCUCCCCGAGCCGCCGCCUCUCCCCCACCUCACCCUUCAACUCACCCCGAAACUCUGCCUCAUUCCCCACAGCUGCCCCCGUAUCGCCCAGAUAACCUGGACGACCCCCUUAAACACCUCUCCCCCUCUAGCCUCCUGCCCCCCCCAACGUGCAGAGACUCCAGGCACAGCUCAGGUUGUGUUGUACAUUUGGAAUAAAUGUUUUAAAGACUCUUAUUUUGAAAGAGAAAAGACGCUGCAGUGGCACCGAUGCACUUAAGAGUGAGCGUGGGACCGGCCUUGCCCUCUCCCAAAUGCCUGUCCUCCUCUUUUCUUCCUUUUCUGAAGAAAACAUAAACAGCAGGCACACCUCAGGGUCUGUACAUAUCGCCUCUCUCGUUUUGACUAUCUCAAACCUUUCUGCGGUUUCUCUCUGAGUCAUCCUUUCUUUUCUCACAGCCUCUUUUUGAAGGCGGCGUGUGAGAAACCUUGCGUUUGUGACGUUUCGUGGGAACGACCUACAGGUUGUUUGGGUUUGGUGAAUCAUUAAGUGACGGGUACUCUCGGUGGAUCAGCAUGGACUGUUUUUGCCUUUUGACUUCUUCUGAAGAGGACGUUUCCCCCAAAGAGCGAGGCUCAAUCACGGAUCUGCUCCGGACCUCUGGAUGAAGCGGACGGACUCGAAACACGAACGAACACUUGGUCCGUUCACCUGAAGAACUCACCUGAAUUACUGACAUGAACCUUUGAUCCAAUGGAUGUCUGUUCCUCCUGUGAGCUCCUCGCAACCUCUACCUUAAUCUACUUUGUGGAAUGUAAUCACCCUGGAUGUUCAAUCUGAACACACACACACACACACACACACACACACACACACACACACACACACACACACACACACAAACACACACACACACACACACACAUGCACACACACGCACACACACACACACACACACACCUCCUCAGAUCCAGAUAUGCAGUUUAUUUAAGUGUUCCCCUCUCUCCUCUCUGAAUCACCUCGUGCCCAAAGAGAAAGGAUCAGAUCUCUGUCUUUGCUUUAGGUUGUGUAUUAAAUCAGCAGUGAUCGUCCCCCCUCGCCCCACAGACUCUGGUUCUCCUGAAUCCAAAAAGUGUCUGGUGUUAGUCCUGAAGAACCUCAGAUGUACCCGGAUGCCUCAGUGUACCAUGUUCUGCUUUAUUUUGGACACCGAAUAAAAACCGAAUGAAACGAG